GUGGCAGGGGCACCGUGCGGCGAUGGAGGCGGGGCUGCUGAGUGUCAUCCUGGGCGCUGUCCUGGUGCCGGGGGACACAGCCGGGCAGGAGCUGGAUCUGCAGAAGACUGUAGGAUUUUGGCGGGAAGUCGGAGUGGCCUCCAGCCAAAACCUGGCACCGAAGACCCCAAAGAGGCUGGAGGCCGUGUUCCUGACCUUGAGUGGAGACCGGCUGACCGUGAAAGCUGCGUACAACAGCUCAGGAAGUUGUGAGACAGAGAAAAUAGUGGGCUCAGAAGUGGAUGUUUCGGGGAGGUUUGUUUUUCCCGGCCACAGGGAGAUCCACGUGGUGGACACGGACUACGCGCAGUACGCCAUUCUGAGGGUGGCCCUGCAGUGGCGUGGCCGUGACUUCCACGUGCUCAAGUACUUUACUCGGAGCCUGGAGGACGACUACGCACCGGGCUUCUGGAGGUUCCGGGAGUUGACGGCCGACACAGGGCUGUACCUGGCGGCCCGGCAAGGGAGGUGUGCCAAGCUCCUGAAGGAGGUGAGCCGAGCCCCCCAGGCCAACGGGGUCCCAAGUCCCUCUGGAUCCAGGCUGCCAGAUGGGGACCCUGGAGGCUGGGGCCCGAGGACAGGGCUGGGAGAGGGAAGGGGGAGCGGGCAUGCGCGUCCACCCGGGCUUCCUGUCCCGCGUUCCCUGUGGCCCACACUGUGCUGGCCCAUCCCCCGCCUGGGACCCGAGAGGUGGGGACUGUCACCCUGCUUUGCAGGUAGAGAAACCGAGGCCCGGGAGGCUGUUUGCUCACAGUCAUGCAGCUAAGACCUGGGCUCCCGCCCGUGGCCCCGACCACUGCCCUGAGGCCCUGCCCUUCUGUGUCCCAGGAGCUGAUCUAGAGGAGCCCCUGUCCCGGGGCCGG